AUGUCUCAUCUUCGAACUCCAGAAGUCCAUGUGGAGCCUCAUAAGAAGCAGCUCCACGUAACUCUGGCCUACAACUUCCCCACAAACCACCUCCCAUCACUGGAGAAACUGGCCAAAGGAAUCGAAGUCAAGCUAGGCUGUGAUUGGCUGGCUGUCCUGUUCUCCCGGGACAUUCGUUUUGCAAACCACGAGACGCUGCGGGUGAUGUACCCCUACAUGCCUCAGAACGAAGAUGAGCUGGAGCUGGUUCCUGGCGAUUUUGUCUUCAUGUCUCCGGUGGAUCAGACUAGCACCAGUGAGGGCUGGGUGUACGGGACAUCGUUGUCCUCCGGGCUGUCCGGCCUGCUGCCUGAGAACUACGUGAGCCUGGCCGACGAGUCAGACACCUGGGUCUUCCAUGGCUCCCAUUCAUUCUUCAGCUGUGGGCCCAGUGACAAGAGCAGCAAGGAGAGAGGGAUGUUUGACGGACUGCUGGACAGCCGACGACCCGAAAACACGAGUCCCGGAGACACACCCACCCUCAGUCUCAUUUGUCAUCCAAUGCAGCAGGUCCUGCGGAUUAGCGGCAGUCACUCCAGGCAGCCCAAGCGGACACUUUUUGUCUGUCGGCACGGCGAGAGGAUGGAUGUGGUCUUUGGAAAACACUGGCUCUCCCUCUGCUCGGACAGUAAAGGUAGAUAUGUACGCUCCAAUCUCAACAUGCCUCCCAGUCUGCCGCUGUGGGGCGGACAGAGGGAUUAUGACAUGGACGCUCCUAUCACCGUGUUUGGAUCCACACAGGCUCGACUAGUGG